AGAAACAAAGAAUGCCAGCAAUAAAUGUCUUCUCGGCAGCAAUCGAGUAUUUAAAGGACCAUCUCAUGAAGAGAUUGAAAGACAGAAUAAGAGACUUACAUGAAACAGAUAUACACUGGGUUCUUACAGUGCCAGCUAUAUGGCAUGAUGGCGCGAAACAAUUUAUGAAAGAGGCCGCAGACAAGGCCGGUAUUCCCGAGGACCAACUAACUUUGGCGUUAGAACCGGAAGCUGCUGCCAUUUACUGCAAAGAAUUAGUCGUAUCGAAAGCGAAAGAGCAAGGGAAGGAAGCACAGUUACAAUCAUUUAGUCCUGGUGCACAGUUCAUGGUCUUAGAUUUAGGAGGUGGCACUGUUGACAUAACUGUACAUGAGGUACAGACAGAUGGUACCCUUAAGGAACUACAUCCUCCAAGUGGUGGUCCUUGGGGAGGUACAGUAGUAGACAAGGGAAUUGACGAGUUUCUAGACGAAUUGUUUGGACCAGCUGUAAUGAGGGAAUUUAGAGACGAGUGUAAGACAGACGACCUUGACCUACAGAGAACAGUUGAGCUAAAGAAGAGAACAUACAAAGACGAGGAUGACAAGGUGAACCUUAAAUUACCGAUAGCUCUUUACGAAUUCUAUGAAGAAAAGACAGAUGAAAGUUUUGCAGCAUCAUUACCAAGGAGCAAUUUUUCCACAUCUGUAAAAAAGAGAAGGGAUAGGUUACAUAUUGAUAAUGAAAUAUUUUUGAGAAUGUUCAAAAUGUCAAAGGACAAUCUGGUUACCUUCGUGGAAAAUCUGUUACGGAAACCAGAGCUUAGAAACGUAAAAACUUUGAUGAUGGUGGGUGGAUUUUCUGAAGCUGAUAUAAUGAAGAAUGCUGUAAAAUCUGCAUUUCCCAACAGGCAGGUUAUCGUUCCUGAACAAGCGGGACUAGCAGUGGUAAAAGGCGCUGUAAUGUACGGACACAAUACAGACUCUAUCAGCUCAAGAAAACUACCUUACACAUAUGGUAUAAGUACAGCUGUACCAUUUGAUGAAAGCCGGCAUCCUAGCUCGAAGAAAGUCUUUCGCGAUGGAAUGUACAAGUGCGAGGAUGUCUUCAAUGUAUUUAUUGAAGCCGGAACCACAGUUGUACCACAUAAAACAAGUAUAGAGUAUUCGUUCUGCGUGCCAUUCAUAGAUACUUCAAGAGCAACAGUGGAGGUGUACAGAACACAGUCGGAGAAUCCAAUAUAUAUAUCAGAUGAUGGAUGCUAUCGAGUUGGAGAGAUAUCAAUUUCUCUUCGUGAGAGACCAAGGGAAGACAAACAACUGUUGGAUGUAGUGAUGAUGUUUGGCGAUACUGAACUACAUGUGACUGCAAAAGAACAUGGAACAAACAAUAAAGCGUCCGCAAAAUUCAAUUUUCUUAGAUAGAAUUACAUGGAUGUAAACCAACACUUUUGAUUAAAACAAAUAAUGUGCUAUUGAUAGUACAUGCAUAAAGGCCAGGAAAGUAACAGCACACAGUUGUUCUAGUCAAAUGUAAAGUGUUCAAUGCCAGUUUUCUGCACAUUUCUAUUUAUAGUCUAAUUGUUCCAAAUUUCUGUAUCAGAACUACUUUUUCCCUGAAGUACUUAACAACGUCCUUGCAUGGAUGAUAGCACCACCGUCCGUUAAAGAGGUAUUCUUAAGUUAUCCUAAUAUAGAUCAGUGGUUUUUGGCUUCGAUGUGAAAUAACCAAGACGUUCGGCCACUAUGAGAUUUAUUACAAUACCGUAUAGCGGGUUACUUCAGCGGGUUUUUUUAUUUCUGCUUAAUCUGCGGGUCGAGGCUGUCACUCAGAAAUAAAUUCCGCACAUUGAAACAAUCAGCAGAUUUUUUCGACGCAGAAACAAACUUUAAUAUUUCGCUUGAUAUAAUGACCCGUUAUCUUUAUCUCACGAGUUCUUCCUCUACUGUCAAGUUAUUCACAGCGUAUCAGUUGUGGUUGACUGUUUUUGUUACUGAAUCAAUUCAUUGUCCACGAAUGAAUGGUAACCGUUUCGGGCGUGUAAUCUUUACAAGUGUAUACCACAAAACACUCUUGGUUUUUGAAAAGUUAAACAAACUAAUGUGUGUUGUUAAUGUUGUAACUGAACGGACUGUGAAGGGGCUUUGUACUAGAUUUUGCAUAUGUAUAUAUUUGUAAAAAAUCGUAAAUUUUUCCAUCAGCAGUGUUACAUUUUAUGAAAAUGUCUUUAAAAAUGAUUACCGGUUCUAGACCUACAGUUUUUAUUUUUAACUCUGAUUUUUAUCAUGCACGGUAAUGAAAAGAAUUAAGAUUUAAACAUAAAUCAGCUGCGCCGACUUCACUGUUCUAGAUUCCGACCUAGAUAAUGCCACAAAGACAUAGCUGACAAGAACGAUAUGCAUUUGAGUCGUUGAUUAUGACUGAGUAAAUGCGGUAUCUGUUUCCCAUGCACAGAAUUUACUUCCGGUGUAUGCAAACCGCAAAAAUUAGUUAGUUCUUCUGGUCGGAGAAAUAAAAAGCGCAAAAAUAAACUAGGCCCAUUUUAGGACAAAACCGCAGAUUUUUUUUGUCGGCAGAAUUAACCCGCUUUACGGUAUAUCCAGUAUAUCUGAGCACGAAUAUAUCAACAAUAUCAAAUCAUUAGCAGCGCGUUCUUAAUUACUGCUCAUAUAUAUAAAUAUGUAAACAUAUUUUAAUUAGAAUUUAUGUAAUCGGAUUUAUCUAAUUGGAUUUAUUCAUUCGAUAGUGGAUUUUAUUCAAUAAAACGAUUGGAUGUGCAAUAAAAUAGAUUGC